CCUUGGCCUCCGCCUCCGCUCGCCUGCGCGCGGCCCUGCGUGAGGGGGCAGAGGCGGGGUGGAGGCGUUGGCGCUGCCACGUCUGGGCCGCGGUUCCCAACUGUGGCGCGGGCGGUGGAGGAGGAGGUGGGGCUGGCGCUGAAGCCGGAUCCGGAUCCGGUGCUGUGCACACUGGUGGGGGAGGGUCCGACGCGGCUGGCUAGGAGCGCCGACCGCAGGGCCUCUACGGGUGAGGAGGAACCGGGGCCGGGGCGCGAGAGCAGGACCGUGUGUCCUGGGGGCUGGGGCGGGCCUGCCCUCAGGUUUAUCUAACAGGUGUGUCUGGUGCCCCGGCCAGGCCCCCGGGGGUGUUGUGUGGAGGAGCUGGGCGUUAAUCCUCGCCAGCUGGGUGCACAUGGUGUGGAGCGCGGUUCCCAGGAAGUUGAACGCACGCGCGCCUGGAGCAGAGGUUAAGGAUGAUGGCCAGCGGUCCGGCCAUAUGCUGGUCUUGGCCUGGCAGGGCUGGAACUGGGACUGGGGUCGGAACUUCGCGCCCCAGACUUUGGCGUGGGAAAUGAGACAGUUGGUCGCGCUCUCUGCAGCCAUCGGUUUUGAAUGGGCACGAACGUCCCAGGCCCCUUCUCUUCUCCCAUUCCCGGGCGCAUCCCACGGUGGUCGGAGCCAUUGAGGCAGCUGCUCCGAAGACCACCUCCGCACCGAACCUUACUAGAAAAAUGAAACCUGAUGAAACUCCUAUGUUUGACCCAAGUCUACUCAAAGAAGUGGACUGGAGUCAGAAUACAGCUACAUUUUCUCCAGCCAUUUCCCCAACACAUCCUGGAGAAGGCUUGGUUUUGAGGCCUCUUUGUACUGCUGACUUAAAUAGAGGUUUUUUUAAGGUAUUGGGUCAGCUAACAGAGACUGGAGUUGUCAGCCCUGAACAAUUUAUGAAAUCUUUUGAGCAUAUGAAGAAAUCUGGGGAUUAUUAUGUUACAGUUGUAGAAGAUGUGACUCUAGGACAGAUUGUUGCUACGGCAACUCUGAUUAUAGAACAUAAAUUCAUCCAUUCCUGUGCUAAGAGAGGAAGAGUAGAAGAUGUUGUUGUUAGUGAUGAAUGCAGAGGAAAGCAGCUUGGCAAAUUGUUAUUAUCAACCCUUACUUUGCUAAGCAAGAAACUGAACUGUUACAAGAUUACCCUUGAAUGUCUACCACAAAAUGUUGGUUUCUAUAAAAAGUUUGGAUAUACUGUAUCUGAAGAAAACUACAUGUGUCGGAGGUUUCUAAAGUAAAAAUCUUGUAAGAAAAUUGUCAAAGGGGCUAAUGCUACAAGGCUACGCUCUUCCUAGAGUUGAAAUAUUUUGUUGCUGCAGCCGAGUGACCUCCAUAAAUACUGGACUGAAAAAACAUUGUAAUACUACAAGUAUAAUGACAUUUAGAAGAUUACUUUGGGCUGGUGGGACAUGCUGUGAAUUUAGAUUACAAAUGAAUAUUAUAAAGGGGAUGAUUUUUAACCAAAGGAAUAUAUUUUUAACUUGAAUCUUUUCUUGCAUUGUAUUUUUCUAAAAGUUUGGCUUCCUUUCUUGGUAGUCAAGAGUAUGGGUAAUAAGGAGUUAUAUGUCUGCUAUCUGUGUUGCUCAUUUAAAAAAAGUAUACAUUGAAUAAGGCUGUUUAUCACAUGCAUAAAAUUAAAUAUUUUUCAAAGAAACGUCUCAAUACACUUAGGGGUGUAUUGUUUCCCACAUAUUAAGUCAGGGUGGAUAAAUUAGUUAUUAUAACUAAACAUAGUAUAGUCCAACAUUCGUUGAUCCCAAUACAGGCAAACAACCUGGUCAACCUUUUAAAGAAGUAGAGGAAAUGAAAAUUACUUGACAAGAUUAGAAGUAAAACAAUUUAAAUGUUUUACUGAAAGUUUAUAUAGUAUAGUCUAUGUAGAUAAAAAGUACCACUUGUCUUUUCUGUGAAUUAUGACUAUUCAUUUGUUAAAAACACCUAAGAGCAAUUAUAGUGGGACAUCUAAGGUCCUUUUUAAACAGUGAAUUAGCAAACCUCAGCCUAUGUGUUUCUACCCUGAUGUUUUUCUUUUCAUGGGUAUCUGAAGCCUCUAAGUUUUUUCAAAAAUGGAGUAUCACAAAAUUGAAUGAAACACAAUACUUAAUGUAUUGUACUAGAUUACCAAAUUCAUAAAAUGUUAAUGGAAGCUUUACUUUUUGAUGUGAUUAUAAUGGCACUAUUCUGGUCAUUAUCCUAUUUUGAUUUUAUUUAAUUUUUUAAAGUUGAAGAAUUAAAUAUUUUAAUGGUUCUAAUCUUUUGCAUUCCAUGUUGCAUUAAACCUGUUCAUAUGAGUAGUCUUCUGUUAGAAUCACAUCUGUGCUUUUCUUGAGUCUGCUGUUGAACUAUUAGAUUAAGUCAUAAUUCAUAAAAUUUUAGUUUAAUGUGCUCUUUGUAAAAUGAAAUUGUAAAGAAAAUACCAGUGUUUCUCAUCCCAUUGACUCACACCACGUCAUCUGGAUUUUGGAUUUCCCUCCAUGCAGCCAGCUAUAGUUGGCUUUCCAAAACAACAGAAAUCCUUCACCAAUAGAGUGCACUACUUACCUGCUUAUAGCCUAUACAGACGAACUGAUCUGUCCGUGAAACGCAACAAAGCUACUUCUGUCUUUUCAGAAGUCCUACAACCUUGACAAAGAGUAGUUUUAUCAGGUAAAUCCUGGUAAUUAAAAACGCAUGUUUUUAAAAAUUAGCCUAGUAAGGUCGGGUGCAGUGGCUCACACCUGUAAUCCCAGCACUUUGGGAGGCUGAGGUGGGCAGAUCACAAGGUCAGGAGUUUGAGACCAGCCUGACCAAAAUGGUGAAACCCUGUCUCUACUAAAAAAAAGAAAACUUAGCCAGGCGUGGCUAAUUACAGGCACGCGCCUGUAAUCCCAGCUACUCAGGAGGCUGAGGUGAGAGAAUCGCUUGAACCCGGGAGGCAAAGGCUGCAGUGAGCCGAGAUCACACCACUGCACUCCAGCCUGGCGACAGAGCGAGACUCCAUCUCAAAACAAAACAAAAAAAACUAGCCUACUUAAAGGCAAAACUAAAUGCUUUAUUACCUUUCUUUUUUUAUUUUAUUUUAUUUUAUUUUAUUAUACUUUAAUCUUUAUUACCUUUCUUACCACUGAACAAUUUGAGGUAAAAUCAUUCACAAGGUUGGCACUUCAGUAAAUCCCUUUAAAUAGUGUUCCUAAGAUAUCUCUUAAAUCCUCCCAUAGGAAAUAGAAUUACAGGUAAGGUACACCAUACAAAAAUUGUGUCAUUGAGGACAAUGGUGAUCUGUAAUUUUAGUUGAGUAUGUUUAUAAUUUUUGAAGCCAUAUGGUGAGUAAAUGUAAAUAUGAAAAAAGUGCUACAUAAAACACUUCUUAAACUUUUUUUUUUAAAAACUGCUCCUUGUGGAGCAGGACUACCCCAUAGGCAGUGUACCCACAAUAGAUAGCCUUUUGUUGUUGUUGUUGAGACAAGGUCUCGCUGUUGCCCAGGCUAGAGUGCAGGGGCACAAUCACCACGCACUGCCGCCUCAAUCUCCUGGGCUCAAAUGAUCCUUCCACCUCAGCCUCCCAUGUGGCUGGGACUAUAGGUGCAUGCCACCACACCCAGCUAAUUAAAAAAAUUUUUUUUGUGGAGUCUAUGUUGCCCAGGCUGGCCUCUUAACUCCUAGGCUCAAGUGAUCCUCCCACCUCAGCCUCCCAAAGUGCUUGGAUGACAAGUGGGAGCCACUGCACCUGGCCCACAUUUUUUAAAGGGACAGUGUCCCACUCCAUCACCCAGGCUGGAGUCCAGUGGUGUGAUCAUAGCUCACUGCAUCCUCCGGUUCCUGGGUUCAAGCCAUCCUUCCUGCCUCAGCCUCCCCAGUAGCUGGAACUACAGGUGUGUGCCAUUUGCUGUGGGGUCUUACUGUAUUGCCCAAGCCGGUCUCAAACUCCUGAGCUCAAGUGAUCCUCUGCCUCAGCCUCCAGAGUAUCUGGGAUUACAUAUGUCGGCUACCGUGUCUGGCCGUUCACAUCUUUGGCCACUAUUUGCUUGUGAAAAGGUAUAAUGAAGUGGUAGUUAUCAUUUUUACUGUGUCUCAUGUUUUAUAUAUUUUUGUUUCAUCAACUAAGAUGCACUGUAACAUCUCUGAAAUCUGGAUAUAUUAUCAAUGGUUUAUCAUAGUUUAGUUAGCAAUACACUGUCUUUUAGUGGUGCCUAAAAUAGUGGUAUAGUUGUGAGGUGAUCUUAGAUUUGAUGAAGCACAGUAUGCAGGUAGGCCUAAUGGGGGAAGAUGGUAAUAUAAAAGCAAGAAGUAUUUUUUUUUUUGUAAUGACUGAAAGCUGUUCUGUGGAUGACCUACCCUUUCCUUUAAACACGAUUCUCACUUCCAACUCCAAACUUGCUCAACUAAUCCUUAAAAAUAAACUUGAGCUGGAAUUUGA